AUGAGAUCCACCAACCAUAUAUUGACCGGCAUAUGCGCGGCAACAGGCGCAUUGGCCGGCUCCUACCAGCCCAAGUUCCGCAUUUCUCCGAUCGAUGGUUCGAAGAUUGCACUCCCAACAAAGGAGCAAUUAGCUUUCCAAGAGAAAGAAAUUGGAGUUCUCAUUCACUUUGAGAUAGCAACCUAUCUCGACAUUGAUGGCUGUAACAAGGUCCCCGACCUUGUUCCUGACAUAGACCUGUUUGACCCAACCUCGAUAAAUACCGAUGGGUGGAUGGACUCAGCUGUUUCCCUGGGCGCAAAAUAUGCCACCCUUGUCGCCAAGCAUAACUGCGGAUUUGCCAUAUGGCCGAGUGAAGUGACUUUCCAAGACCGGGAAAACAAGACCGUCCCAUACGACUAUACAAUCGCCCAGUCGCCGGUUCAUGGUCAGGAUAUUGUCAAGAGCUUUGUGGACUCAGCCAAAAAGUACAACCUUGGGCAUGGGUUCUAUUACAGCGUUGUGGUGAACAAUUAUCUGAAUGUGCAGAAUUCAGAUGUUCGCCCCGGCACUUGGGCUCCAGGUCAAGUCAAUAUCACGAAUGGUACAUACGACCAAAUUGUCUAUAACCAAUUGAGUGAAUUGUGGAAGGGCCAUGGGGACUUGACUGAGAUCUGGUUUGAUGGAGGUUACAGCAGCUCCCAGAAAGAUAAGAUUGAGACCCUCUUGAAGGAAACCCAGCCUCAAGCAGUGAUUUUCAAUGGAUGUGACACGGGAGGGACUUGUGUAUCGGCUAAUCCAGUUCGAUGGAUCGGAACCGAAACUGGGGAAGCCCCCGAGGAAAAUUGGUCCACUGGUCUGACGAAUGAUGGCGGAGAUCCCACGAGCCCAUAUUUCUGUCCCGCCGAGUGUGACACCACCUUGCAAACCGAGGGUCGCUGGUUCUUCGGCGUUGAUCAACCGUUAAGGCCUAUUGAAGAGAUGAUCGACGUCUACCAUAAGACUGUCGGGCGAAACUGUAUGCUCGAGUUGGACCUCUCUCCUGAUCGCAGCGGGGCUAUUCCAAAGGAGCACGCAGCCCUUUACGAGCAACUAGGUGAUUUUAUCAGCUCGUGUUAUAGCAAGCCUGUCGCAGGUAAUGCUGCGCACUCAUCCAAUAAAAAGGGCGAGUAUACCAUCAAGCUUGACAAGCCCACCGACAUUGACCGCAUUGUGUUGAUGGAGGAUCAAACGAAUGGCCAAGUGAUUCGGUCAUACCAGGUACAUGCAAAGAUCGCUGACAAUACGAAUGCCGAUGCCGCGGAUAUACCUUUCAAGCUUGUUUCAAAUGGAACAAGUAUAGGCCAUAAGAAGAUUGAUAUCUUUGACAAACCCAUUUCGGCGACGGAGAUUUUGGUCAAGACAACCUUUGUGGAUACCCCCAAAUGGCGAUCUGUCUCACUCCAUUUCUGUGAUUGA